AUGUCGGCUAUGAGUGUUAUUGAGCAAAAUGUGAGCAAGCCUAGCUUCUGCAAGUCUGUGCCUCUCGGAGGAAGCUGGAAUUCUAAAUCCAUGAGGAUUAUUCCGGAAGAGUUAGAGAGAAGCAUGCCAGGGGCUUUAGAGCACAAAGUGGUGUUUAAAGUUCGUUGGGAGAACUCGUGGCUACUUUGGGUCCAGCGAGAGAAGAAAGAUCUGUUUAUUGAUGAAGAAGAUUGGGAUGAGUUUGUGGAUGACAACCGUUUAGCUCCAAACGAUAUAUUGGUCUUCACACACGAAGACACAAUGCGCUUUGAAGUCCAGAUCUUUAAGAAUGGUGAGAAAGAGCUCAUGUCGGCUCCACCUGAAGCUGAGCCAGAAACUAAACCGCUUAAUCCUAAGCCACAGGAAACAAACACUGCCACUGCUUCUACCUCUGCAUCUGCCUCUGCAAACGGAGGAACAAAUAGCAGAGUGAGCCAGGGUUGUGGUAAUGACAAAAGCCCUGAGCAAUAUCUCCUUAAUCCCAAAAGUGCUUACUUUGUGAAAACGGUGGGGAAAAAGAAUGACGUUCUGUAUGUGAGGCAACCGGUUAUUAAGAAGUAUGGCUUGAAGUUUGGCCCCGUUGAUUCCGCCAUAAACUACUAUCUUCCCAACGGAACAGAGGAGGCCGCCGUGAAUAAGGUCUAUACCGGUUACCCUUGUUUCACUGGCUGGGGUGCGAUUUGUCGAGCGCACAAGCUGCAACAAGGAGACACUGUUGUGUGUGAGCUUGAACGCUCAGGUGAUGUGGUUACUGCUGUUCGGCUGCAUUUCGUCGAUAAAUGA